CUCACUUUAUCAUUCUUGUUACUAGGUCACUUACGGCGGUUAAUUGUAGACCAUCGUAUUAUUCUAAAGUGAAAUUUUGCAACCGUAUCGCCUGGCCAGAGGCCAACCACUACUAUCUCCUUACACAAUGGCCACGAAACCGGUCAUCCGAGUGAUCGGCUCACUGAACAUCGACUUUGUCACUCUGACACCAAGAGUACCCGGCCCUGGCGAGACCUUACAGGCAAAGUCCAUGACCGUCCACGCCGGCGGUAAGGGCAGCAACCAAGCGGUGGCCUGCGGAAAAGCCGCCUUCACCUCCGCAACCGAACAAGACGUCACCGUCGACAUGAUAGGGGCCGUAGGUGCCGGAGACCCAUACUACGCCUCACUGCUCCAACCGACGCUGACGAAAAGCGGCGUCAGCACACGCUACGUCGAGGAGAUCGAAGGUGUGCAAACCGGCACCGCGACAAUCAUCGUAGACGAGGGGUCCAACGGUGAAAACAGAAUCCUCUUCGUUCCCGGCGCCAACCAUCAAGUCAACGAUCUAGACAAAGUAAUAGCGACAGCGACGCAAGACGGAGACCCGGAUGUCGUGGUCAUGCAAGGAGAAAUCCCCCAAUCGACAGUCACCGGAUUACUAUCCGCUUUCAAUUCCAGCACCACCAGCAGACACAAGACCUGCGUGGUAUUCAACCCUGCACCGAUGUUCGACACCAUCCCGCUUCACGUACUCAGCAACCUAGCCGUCCUCGUCGUCAACGAGACCGAAUGUCUCCUUCUAUUCAAGGCCGUCCAAGAGCUCAAGAGUAUCGAGACGCCAAGCGAGCAAGAUCUGAACGAAUCGCACCUCGGUCAACUGACCCAGCACUUACACAACGUCGCAACGAUAUCCAUCAUCGUGGUGACUCUGGGCGCCAGGGGUGUAUAUUAUUCGGUGGCGCAGUCACAAUCACCUUCAUGUACACGUACGCAUACCCGCGGUCUACUACCGGCAGCCAAAGUCGCAAACGUCGUUGAUACGACAGGCGCCGGAGACACGUUUGUAGGCUUCUUCGCCACAGCUCUGGCUCGCCAUGUCGCGACUCACAAAGCCCUAGACGGAUUUGAUGUCCAAAGCGCCGUGAUUCGAGCAAAUGCCGCUGCGGGCAAGUGCGUCCAGCGCAGCGGAGCAAUGGAGAGCAUACCGUUUGGAUACGAAAUCUAAAUACUACCUGACAGUACUACCUGCAGACACCAAAUCGGUCGUCCACUUCAGCAAACCUGCUUAGCACAAAUGAGACUGUACGAUACUAGUAUGUAUCUGGCGAAAGUCGUUCAUUGGACGAUAAAUUUUUCUUCAUCUUCGCCCAAUAAUACUACUAGUAACCGUUGACAACGACUGCCUGAUCCGAAAAAACGUGUCCUGCAUACAAACUAAGGUAAUGCGUUCAGAGAAGCACUCCCACUCAAGCAAGGCACGGUUGGAGUCGGACCACACCGUUCUGACUUCAAGCGUUGUACAUUCAGAUCGUAGCAAGAAGAACCUGAACAGGUCAAAGAUCGGAAAACUACACACAAACUCGAUUCAUUGAUUCGCAAUCAACGAAAAAAACGUGGUAUUGAAUUGACCUCUUUUCAAGCCUGUUGUUUUGACAGAAGAAGGAAGAAGGCCUUCACCCAUCUUCACCUCCCGGCCCCCCUAUUUUCGUCACCAGCGCCAAAGCUACCUAGGUAGGGC